AUAAUGAAUCCAAAGAUAUUGCUAUUAGUCGUUAUUCUUAGCAUGCUCGGAAUGGGCCAGUCUCAAAGGAAGAAGAUUGAGGUUUGGAUAAGGCCAAAGCAGAACCCCGAUUAUUUCGGAGGAUACCCACCACCAUAUUAAGAACCCUCCGUGCCAUAUCCUGGAUGAAACCCAAGAUUAAUCCGUUACAGGAUAUUCCUUGAAGCUAUUUAACGCGAUUUUUAAAUGAAACCAGAGGGGCACGAAUGAUUUAUAAAAUAUUGUGCAAACAAAAAUAAAAUAAAAUAUGUUAUACAA